CAGCCUUAGGUGGAGGGCAUGCUUUCCCCGUAUGCUAUGCGAAGACGCCAAAGAUGGCGGCCGUACUUUCGGCUCGCUGGUUGAGGGUCCGCCGCGGGCUUUGCCUACCGCUGACGGGUCGACGGGCAGGUCUCUGCGGACGGGCCCCCAGUAGCAGAUUUUAUUCUGGAAGUGCAGCCGUCCCAGAGGUUGAAGGAGCUGGUGCAACAGGGACUGAAGAAGUGGUCAUUCCAAACAAGAAAACUUGGGGCUACAGAGGAUAUGAUGGAACGAAGAGUGGUUGUAUUGCAGUAAUCAAGGAUGCUACAGCUGCCCCUUACGCAUUUCAAGAUGAUCCUUAUCUCAUACCAACAUCCUCUAUGGAAUCUCAUUCAUUUUUGUUGGCAAAGAAGUCCGGGGAGAAUGCAGCAAAGUUUAUUAUUAAUUCAUAUCCCAAAUAUUUUCAGAAAGACAUAGCUGAACCUCAUAUACCGUGUUUUAUGCCUGAGUACUUUGAACCUCAGAUUGAAGAUAUAAGUGAGGCUGCUCUAGAGGAACGAAUCAAGCUCAGAAAAGUCAAAGCUUCUGUGGACAUGUUCGAUCAGCUCCUGCAAGCAGGAACCACCGUAUCUCUGGAAACAACUAACCGUCUCUUGGAUUUAUUAUGUUACUAUGGUAACCAAGAGCCCUCAACUAAUUAUAAUUUGCAACAACGUGAACAAGCAGAAGAGUUGGAAGAGGCCACAGAGGGAAGUAACGAGAAACCUAAGAAGAAGGCUGGUCAUCAGCUUGGAGUUACUUGGAGAGCAAAAAACGAUGCUGAGAGAAUCUUUGCUCUAAUGCCAGAGAAAAAUGCACAUUCCUACUGCACAAUGAUCCGAGGAAUGGUGAAGCACCGAGCUCCUACGCAGGCAUUAAACUUGUACACUGAAUUAUUAAACAACAGACUUCGUGCUGAUGUGCACACCUUCAAUUCAUUGAUAGAAGCAACAGCAUUCGUGGCGAAUGAGAAAUCAGAAGAAAAAUGGAAUAAUAUACUGGACCUGUUGAAACAAAUGGUUGCACAGAAUGUGAAACCCAACCUACAGACUUUUAAUACUAUUCUGAAAUGUCUCCGACGAUUUCAUGCAAUUGGAAAAUUGCCAGCCUUACAGACCUUACGGGAAAUGAAAGCCAUUGGAAUAGAACCCUCGCUUGCAACGUAUCACUAUAUCAUACAGCUGUUUUAUCAACAUGAAAACCCUUCAAAAGGAUCGUCCCUCAUCAUCUAUGACAUCAUGAGUGAAUUAAUGGGAAAGAAAUUUUCUCCAAAGGACCCGGAUGACGAUAUGUUUUUUCAGUCAGCCAUGAGGGUUUGCUCAUCUCUCAGAGAUCUAGAACUUGCUUACCAGGUCCAUGACCUUUUAAACACUGGAGACAACCGGAAAUUCAUUGGACCGGAUCAUCGGCGUUAUUUCUACUAUUCCAAGUUCUUUGGUUUGCUUUGUCUAAUGGAACAAAUUGAUGUCACCUUGAAGUGGUAUAAGGACCUGAUACCUUCAGUAUUCUUUCCAUAUUCCCAAACACUGAUAGAUCUUCUCCAAGCAUUAGAUGUGGCCAAUCGGCUAGAAUUGAUUCCUCAGAUCUGGAAAGAUAGUAAAGAAUAUGGUCAUACUUUUCGCCGUGACCUAAAAGAAGAGAUUCUGAUGCUUAUGGCAAGGGAUCGGCACCCACCAGAGCUGCAGGUGGCGUUUGCUGACUGUGCUGCAGAUAUCAAAUCGACUUACGAAAGCCAGGAUGCCAGACAGACGGCUCCCAGUUGGCUGGCCAGCUCUCUGAACCACAUAGCCGUCCUCUUCUUAAGGGCCGGGAGAACCCAGGAAGCCUGGAAAAUGCUGGGGCUUUUCAGGAACCAUAAUAAGAUCCCUGGGAAUGAGCUGCUGAAUGAGUUUAUGGACAGUGCAAAAGCAUCCGGCAGCCCUGCCCAGGCCAUUGAGAUAGUGAAGCUGGCAGGUGCCUUCAGCUUACCUAUUUGUGAGAGCCUCACCCAGAGACUAAUGGCUGACUUCACCCUCAGCCAGGAGCAGAAGGAAGCCCUGGGAGAUCUAACUGCAUUGACCAGUGACAGCGACAGUGACAGCAGCAGUGACAGUGACAAUGACGUCGGCGAAGGCAAAUAAAAGUGGUCGAAUCAGGAGCUACUGUGGCCUAGCGUGGCUGUUGUGAUUACACUUGAGAACUGAGAUGUUAGUAUUUAAUUGUAAUGUGAAGAAAACAAGAGAAUACAGAUUUGGUGAAUCUUGAUAACAA